CACAACACCACACUUAUUUGUGUUACACAGACACCCACACUUAUACAACCACAACACGAUCAAAUAAACCACCCACACACACACUCAAUAGACAACGAAUUCGAGCAAGAUAACCUUCCAGUUAUCACAAAUCAACGAAGACCAAUUCUAGAUGAAAGCUUCACAUUCUCAAUGGUGAUACCUUUACGGUAUGAAUCUUGUAAAAAAUAUUUACAUACAACAUUAAUUAAGUUUUAUUUCGACAACUUUAUUUCUUUUAUUUUUACUAAUUUUUUUUUAGUUUUCUUUCGCCAAGUUUUAAUAAGUUUAAUGUACUCUUCUAUUGCAUAAAAUGGCAUGGGAGAAAAUCUUUGUAAGGUCUGCCGCAUUGGAUCAAACUUCAUAAUCACAGGAGCUGUUGAAUAAAAUCACAUGAUGACUAAAGCAAAAAUGGAGGGGUAACAUUAUUUUUUGCCCAUGUAAAACCACAGAUGGCAUUUCGACACUACGACCCUGAUCGUAUUCAGCUCGCCGGCAUCCCGUUCGCCGCCUGGAGGUUGAAAUCGAUCUCUGACCGGACUCUGAAAUCAUCGCCGAAGUCGUUCGCAGCUGGAGCCGCCGUCGCCUGGAAGUGUUCGCCAUCCGCCAUCCGUCCGCCUGGAAGUCGUCUCCGGAAAGACCUCGUGGCUGGAACUGUCCUCGUCCUUCGAAGCCAACGCCUGCUCGGUCCUUGGUUUUCGCAGAAGACGUUACUCAGACCUGUUCUGGUCGUUGAGGAUAGGGACGAAGAACUUGGGCCCCACUGCUGCUGGGGUGGUGGGUUUCUGCUGUUUUGGGCUGGUGUGGAGCUGUUGGACCAGGUUUGUUGGGCUGCUGGAAGAGCUGCUGGACCUGGAGUGCCUCUGGACCUGGACUGGUGCCUUUUGGAGUGCUGGAGCUGCUGGGUUGCUCUUGGACUACCGGGCUGAAGCUGCUGCUGGGCUGCUGGACCUGCACCUGCACCUGGAGACAGAUAACACCGGUCAACACUGGUCAACGCCAGUCAACGUCGGUCAACUCCCGUCAAAGUCAGUCACCAGUCCGAAAAUCCCAAUUUUUUUAAAUUGGGUAGGUAAGGUCGAAACCCUCUCCUAGGGUUUCGCUAAGGUAAAUUGGCUAUAAACACCCUAGGUGUACCGGGUGCCUCCGGGUUUAAUUUAUUCCUCCUCCUCGCGGGCCGCCGGUUGAUUUGAUCCCGGCCGCCAACCCCCAGGUACGUUUGCUAAACCUUCCCUUUUGUCACAGAUUGUUUAGUUGUUUUAAAUUGAAUUGCUAAGUGUUGUUUAUUUCAAUUCUUGUGCUUCAGGGUGGUUUUUUGGGUGUUAGGGGUGGAAUUAAUUAAUCCUAAUUGCUGCCCGGAGUUGUUUAAGGUGCCCGCUGUCCAAAUUUCUAUUUGUUGCAUGCUGCUCGGAGUUAAAAAAACACGGACAAUGACCAUCUUAGCUAGGGCUGGAAUUUUUAACCGAAAAACCGAAAAAACUGAACCGAGCGAUAAAAAAACCGACCCGAAACCGAACGACUUGAAUGGGACCCGAAAGUUGGGACCCGAAUAAAAAUCGGUUCGGAACCGGUUCUUUGAGAUUGAAAAUCGGUUCAAACCGAACCGAACCGAUUUUUUAUUUAAUAAUAGUUUUUAAUUAUUUUAUUUAAUUUGUAUAAGUAUAAAGUAUGUAACAACUAUUCGGAGUAGCUCAGCCGCAAUCGGUAAGGCGCCCCUUCUACUUUUUGCUUUUUGCUUUUUGCUUUUCAUCCGUCCCAAACUUUCCAUUUAGUUUUUCUUCCUUAUGUAAUUCAUCCCACACCGGAUGGAAGAGAGGAGUUACUCCUCAUACGAGCCUACAAAAUCACCCCUUCAUAGCUGCUAUGGAGAAUGGAGCUAGGAAAGUCUUAGGACGAAUAUUAGCUAUUGUAUAUAUAAAUUUUGAAUGUUGAUUCUGUUUUUUUCACAAAAACCGAAAAAACGUACCCAAAAUUCGGUUUCCGAAAAAUUGGGUCCCAACAAAGUUUGGUUCGGUUUCGUUUCUUAUAAUAUAAGAAACUGAAAGAUCGGUUCGGUUCGGAUAUUUCUCAUUUCCCGAACCGAACCCAACCCUAAUCUUAGCCACGGGAGCAAAUGUCUCAUUAUAGUCUAGUCCGACUACCUGAUGAUUGCCCAAAAUAACAAGAUGCACCUUGAGGUGCUCAACACUCCCAUCAGAAUGAUACUUUAACUUGUACCCCCACUUGCAGCUAGAGCCCUUUUGUUGGGAGGUAAUUCAGCCAUAACCCAUGUGCCAUUAUCCUCCUGGGCACGAAUUUCUCUGGCCAUAACAUCACGUAAACCAGGAUCUUGCAUGGCCUCGGAAAAAGAACGUGGUUUGACACCAUCAUGGACUUCAACUAUAAAGGCAUGAUGGUGGGUAGAAAAGUUGUCAAAAUUAAUAAAAUGUGCUAAAGAGCAAGGAUUACCCGGGGAAGAGGGCGGAGACUACUUCUUUCUUUUCUUUAUUAAUAAAGUUUUGUUUGCAAAAAAACGUGUGAUUUGCAAUAGUCAGAUAGAUGUUACUUGGGGUCGAGUUGGGGGCGACAACAGUGAUAAAUGAGAAUCAACAUCUCCGUUCAGAGUAAUCAUAUAUCUGUACAUACACACAACAAUAAACGAGGUGUUAGAUCAAACUCGUGUCUCCAUAUAAUAAUGACAUUUCCAUUCGACCAUUAUUCCUCUACAAUAAAGCAAAUCAAUACAUAUUAACGUAUGAUAGUAAUAAUAGCAAGAACUUGUGCUUUUAUAUUUAUAAUAACAUAUUUAUAGUAACAUAGUGAAAAAAAUUAAGGGCGAUUUACCUUAAUAGGAUUAAAACAUACGGAGUAAUUUUUUCCCAAAGUAGGAGCACCUAGUUUCACAUCCUUAAAUAGGACUUUUUAUUAGUGAUUGGACCAAAAUACCCCCACUGCUACUCCAGUACUGCUGCCAGUUGUCUGCCGCCGACCACCUAUUAGCGCCGGUGGUGGUGGCCGCCGCCGGAAUUCCGGCGACUACCACCGCCACCACCACCGGAUUGCCCCGCUACCAACGAACUACCUUGGUUGUGCAAGAGAAUUGGGGGACAAUUAAUAAGUCCCAAAUGAUCGAAUAGACUCCCCUAAUCUUGCAUCUUGCUCCUAGCCUCUUAAGUAUGUGUAUCGACGACAACAAAUUAUACCGGACACUCAGAACCCAUCGGCCUUCUCUUUUGAGCCUUUGGGAAUAGUCGUUCUGCCUAAGCAACCAAUUCUGAUGGUACCACACUUACAAGAGAUUAAUAUAUGAACAACCUACCAAAUAGAUAAAAAGAAAUUAUUUUAUAUUGAUAUAAAAUAUAAAAUACCUAUAAUAUAAUUUAUAUUUCAUAUUGAUAUAAAAUACCUCUUGGGGGUCCACAUAAAUAUAUUCUUUUGAUGACAUCUCUUCCUACUAGUGCAUGACCCUGUGUUCCUUAUCUUAGUCCCAAAUAAUUUCGGAUUUCAUAAACCGGAAUUUGGUAAUUAUGCCACAACCGUUAAUGAUCACAAAAUGAUUGGAAUGUUGAAAGUCAUCGUCCUCGGUUCUCUCAUAAAUUUCCCAUUAACAUAUAAAAGUUAUUACAUAAAUAUUUUAAUUAUCACAAUACUCACUUUUAAACAUUAUGUAUCAAAUUUUUAAGAUUUGAUAGCUUGCAUCCAAAUUUGGUAGCUACCAUUCCAAUCAAAGGAUAUUUCUUCAGAUGAAUGAUGCCAUCAUCGUCAUUUCGUGGAUCAAUUUUUCAAAGCGACCUGCAUAUUUGCUCAACUGUAUAAUAAAGAACGCUUUUAGAGUUGAGCAAAUAUAAAAGUAGGACGCUUUGGAGAAUUGAUCCACGAAUUGACGAUGAGGCCAUCAUUCAUCUGAAGAAAUAUCUUUUGAUUUGAAUGGUAGCUACCAAAUUUAGAUGUAAGCUAUCAAAUUUUAAAAAUUUGGUAGGUAAUGUUUAAAAAUGAGUAUUGUGAUGAUUAAAAUAUUUAUGUAAUAUUUUUUAUAUGUUAAUAGGAAAUUUACGAGAGAACCGAGGACGAUGACUUUUAACAUUCCAAUAAUUUUGUGAUCAUUACCGGAUAUGGCACAAUUGACCAAAUUCUGGUUUAUGAAAUCCGAAAUUCUUUGGGGCUAAGAUGGGGAACACAGGGUCAUGCACUAGUUGGAAGAGAUGUCAUCAAAAGAAUAUACUUUUUUGAUGACAUCUAUGUGGAUCCCCUCAAGAGGUAUCUUAUAUCAAUAUGAAAUAUAAAUUAUUUUAUAGGUAUUUUAUAUUUUAUAUCAAUAUAAAAUAAUUUUUUUUAUCCCUUUGAAAGGUUGUCCAUAUAUUAAUGUCUCUCGUAGGUGCGGUAUCAUCAACAGUGGUUGCUAGUAACAGUACGGCUAUUUCCGCGACCACUUAUUAACGCCGGUGGUGGCGGCCGCCGUUGGAAUUCCGGCGACUUCCGCUGCCACCACCACCAGAUUGCCCCGCUACCAACGAACUACCUUGGUUGUGCAAGAGAAUUGGGGGGCAAUUAAUAAGUCCCAAAUUAUCGAAUAGACUCCCCUAAUCUCGCAUCUUGCUCCUAGCCUCUGAAGUAUGUGGAUCGACGACAUCAAAUUAUGCAGGACACUCAGAACCCAUCGGUCUUCUCUUUUGAGCCUUUAGGAAUAGUCGUUCUGCUACGCGCAACCAAUGCUGAUGGUACCGCACUUACAAGAGAUAUAAAUAUUUGAACAACCUAUCAAAGAGAUAAAAAGAAAUUAUUUUAUCUUGAUAUAAAAUACCUAUAAUAUAAUUAAUAUUUCAUAUUGAUAUAAAUACCUCUUGGGGGUCCACAUAAAUAUAUUCUUUUGAUGACAUCUCUUCCUACUAGUGCAUGACCAUGUGUUCCUUAUCUUAGUCCCAAAUAAUUUCGGAUUUCAUAAACCGGAAUUUGGUUAAUUAUGCCACAAUCGUUAAUGAUCACAAAAUGAUUGGAAUGUUGAAAGUCAUCGUCCUCUGUUCUCUCGUAAAUUUCCCAUUAACAUAUAAAAUUUAUUACAUAAAUAUUUUAAUUAUCACAAUACUCACUUUUAAACAUUAUGUACCAAAUUUUUAAGAUUUGAUAGCUUGCAUCCAAAUUUGGUAGCUACCAUUCCAAUCAAAGGAUAUUUCUUCAGAUGAAUGAUGACAUCAUCAUCAUUUCGUGGAUCAAUUUUUUGAAAACGACCUGCAUAUUUGCUCAACUGUAUAAUAAAGAACGCUUUUAGAGUUGAGCAAAUAUAAAAGUAGGUCGCUUUGGAGAAUUGAUCCACGAAUUGAAGAUGAGGCCAUCAUUCAUCUGAAGAAAUAUUUUUUGAUUUGAAUGGUAGCUACCAAAUUUGGAUGUAAGCUAUCAAAUUUUAAAAAUUUGGUAGGUAAUGUUUAAAUAUGAGUAUUGUGAUGAUUAAAAUAUUUAUGUAAUAUUUUUUAUAUGUUAAUAGGAAAUUUACGAGAGAACCGAGGACGAUGACUUUCAACAUUCCAAUCAUUUUGUGAUCAUUACCGGAUAUGGCACAAUUGAACAAAUUCUAGUUUAUGAAAUCCGAAAUUCUUUGGGGCUAAGAUGGGGAACACAGGGUCAUGCACUAGUUGGAAGAGAUGUCAUCAAAAGAAUAUACUUUUUUGAUGACAUCUAUGUGGAUCCUCUCAAGAGGUAUCUUAUAUCAAUAUGAAAUAUAAAUUAUUUUAUAGGUAUUUUAUAUCAAUAUAAAAUAAUUUUUUUAUCCCUUUGAAAGGUUGUCCAUAUAUUAAUGUCUCUCGUAGGUGCGGUACCAUCAACAGUGGUUGCUAGUAGUAGUACGGCUAUUCCCAAAGGCUCAAAAGAGAAGACCGAUGGGUUCCGAAUGUCCUGCAAAAUUUGUUAUCGUCAAUCCAUUUACUUGAGAGGCCUGGAGUAAAAUGCGAGAUUAGGGGAUCGAUUCGAUCAUUUGAGACUUAUUAAGAGUUUUGUAAGCAUAUGAGAUUUUAGUAGACUUUUUAUAUUCAUAUGCAUUUCCCUAAACUUGUUUGGAUUAUUAUAUAAGACAUUUAUGAACUUUUUAUUUGACAUGAUUUGGGAAAGGGGGAAGCUUCUGCAUAAUAUACUAGAGCUGCAAUUUUCCUACGACUACAUCCCUCCAUCGAAGUAUAAAGCAAAUAAGUAUGAAUUUCUAUCAAACUGGGAGUUUGUUUUACAGAAGGGCCCCUUGUUUGAAAAAUGAUACUCCCUCCGUCCCAUUGUCAUCUUUCCUUUUUUUGUUGUCCAAAAAACUUUGUUACUUUCCCAUUAAAGUAACUAUUUUGUGGUUCUACUCAUUUCUAUCUCCUUUGCACAAACUUCAACCACACAAUUUUUACUAUUCUUAUUUCUCACCUAACUUAAGGAGUGCAAAGUCUAUUGGGACAGAGGUAAUAUUGUAUUCAAAAGGCGAGUUUAGUGAGAUAAAAUCCCGAGUUUAAUCACAAAUCACCAUACAAACCACUAAAAACAAGAAUAAAUAAAAAUAACAAUAAUUAGAUACGGAGUAUAAAUAAUAACAUAAAAAAGGAAGAGAAAGACUUAGCAUAAGAUCGCUCGUUUAACCGGGGCUACUCGAACGGGAUUGACCAACUCGCUCCAAGUAUAAUCCUACCUUAGUUUCAGUCCUUAAGCUUGCUUGACCGAAACACUUUGCCCAAUUGCGAUUAAAAGAGAUGAGCCGGAAAAGGAAAUGGAGUAGAACCAUGAAACUAUUAAGUUUCUCUCGGAUAAGAAUUAGGCUAUGAUUGGCAGGCAUAAGUCUCUGUCUUCUAGCUUUUGUACUGUUCAAAAAGUCUCUAAAAGCUUCUAGUUGUAUGUUUGACAUGGCAAGUUUUAAGAGCUUUUCAAAAAUUAAAAGAUUUUUUUUGAGAUGCUACAGGGAGUAGCAUCUGAAAAAGCCCGUGACUUUUAGUAUUAGUUAGUGCUAACAGCUUGUAUACCAAACCGAACUAAAUCCAACAGUCAGCUUUUUACCAAAUAACUACCAACUUUUCUUUUUAAGAUCUUUUCAAUCACUAAAGGCUAACAGUUAUUAAAAUGCUCAUAAAAGUAUCUUUUCAGCUAGUUGUGCCAAACAUACCCUUAAUCUCUUUUGAGGAUAAAUUAAAAAGGGCUAAUGAGAACUAGUGAUGGACUCGGGCCGGUUCGGGUCCGUGUCUGGCCUAGGACCGGUCGGGCUUUUGGGGUUUGGGGGGAAGGCCCGGGACUGGUCUGGGUAUCCACCGGGUCCGGUUCGGAUCGGGCCGGGUCUAGUUUUAUGUUUUUUUGCUAUUCUAAUUACCCCAACCCCCCAACCCCCAAAACACCCCACCCAACUCAGGAUAAUACCCAAAUAACUGAAAAAACAAAAAAAUAAAAUAAGUAAGGCCCGGGCCCGGCUCCAAAGAAUGGGAAGGACCGGAACCGCCCUGAUCCCCAUGACCGGGCCUAGGCCCGGAACGAUAACCGGUUCACCGGGUUGGUUCGGCCCGAACAUUAGCGGGCCGGGCCGGUUUCCAGGUCGGUCUGGCCCGGCCCGACCCAGUCCAAGCCUUAUUAGAACGAGCUGAUUGUUCGUGGGUAUCUCAAUUGAAUGGAAGAGCAAGUGGGUUCAAAUCCUUCUGAGUUCCGAACAUGAGAAUAAUGAGUAUGCUGAGGUUGUAUACUUGGAAAUCAGGCAAUUUCUAAUCUAAAAACUUAUAAACACCAAUUCAGUUACGACAUUUUAAGAAUGAGAAAAAUGUUAGUGUAAUACUAAAGCAAAAUGCACUUGUACAAUUUUAUUAGAUGAUUGGUCUAAAUCAUUAUUCACAUGAUUGGUCUAAAUCAUUAUAUCAAUUUUAAUUUAGAUUUAAAUCAUAAUAUUGACCUCUACUUGACUACACAUCCUACUAUUCUCACAAUCAAAAUUGGUGACCUUAAAAAAUCUGUGAAAAAUAAAUUCUUAUCACAAACAGAUGUUAUAGAUACAAUGUAGCGUUGAGGAAAUAAGAGUUACAAAAUAUUUUACAUAGCAUGUAGGGAUUAAGCAAAGAGUUCGAGCAAGACUGAGAAGCAAAACCAAAAUCAACAUGAGCAAUGUCCUCCAUCUCUGCCUUCUAGUGUCCUGCAGACCUGAUCGAACUAUGCAUAUAAAGCAACCACCAAAUAUUUUUUGAACUCUAGAGUCUAAGCUCUACUAUGCUUCUCAUUUAGCUCUUCAGCAUAAUAUCAUACGGAGUACUACUUUAGUGAAUACAGAAGCUUGCAAGUUGUUAAACAGAGAAGCAAAUUUUUUAUUACAUUGUAUAUAUGCUGAAUUUUCCAUCAUUUGCAAUGGAGCCAAAGAUUCCAUAUAUAGCGUGUAGGAUUGAAACGGUCUAAUUUUAGGUUUAAUUAUUCUCUUUGUUUUAUACAAUACGGAGUAAUAAUCUUAUUUCUUAUAUUUAAUUGUAAUUCUUAUAUUCUUUUUUUUUGUUUUAAUUCCGAGUUUGAAUGCUUUAGUACGUAGAUAAUUAUAUUUAGAUGGUUUGUAAUAAUUGAACUUGGCAAAUCACCAACUUCAGGUAUUAGGUUAUUAGUCUAUUAAUUUAUAAUUCAGUUUAACAAAUAAAUGAAGUGUAUUUUGUUAAGGAAUACUUUUAUUUUAACUAUUAUGUUAGUGAAUAACUUGUAUUUUGAUAUAAAUUAUUAUUGUAGAAAAUUAUUACAAUUAUAAUCUUCACUUAUAUUUUUACCUACUUUAAAAAGAGCCCACAUCUUAUUUUUGAACAGGGCACAUGUUCUCUCAGGACUGGCGAGAUCAGUACCAUAUCCGAAAUAUGUGUUGACAUUCACAAUGAUAAGGAAGCUGUAAAAGUGGUUAAACUAAGCAAAUUGGCUCUCUCACAUUACCAGAAUCACCACCCAGGAGAGGCUUAUGAGUUCAAGAAAGUGUCAAAGGCGAAGUAUAGGGUUCGUCAUGGUGUUGAGUAUAACAUUGUCUUUCAAGCCAAGAACAUGGGGACCAAAGAAAGAACAACAUUUCAAGCAUCUGUUAGUGAUUAUGUACCGGCUUCCCAAGUGGAUUCAUGUGAGCUGCUGCUUGAGUAGUGUUAUUCCAAACCAAACCAUUGCUCUUUGCGUCUGCACGAAUACUUAAUUCUGGAUAAAGUUUAUGUUGUAUGUUACUUAUCUAGACUCUCUUGUCAUGUGAUAUGCUUUGUGAAUAUUGUUAACUAGGUCAUGCACAGCUGUGAAACCUAAAUCAGGAGACCUAACCUUCACUGAUAUGGUUGAUUGCUGUUGAUUAAUACCCAUCUUUUGUGUGUGAUUUUGGGGGCUGGGGUGAAUUUUGAUGAGGGCAGUAUAGCAUUGAUUUGAAUAUGCCCAUGAAGAAAAAGGAGGUAUGAUGCAUGAAAUGACAUCACAAUGAGUUGGGGAUGAGGAUCGUUGCUUGAUUGUUUUAGGUCGGCCUCUCAUUGCCGACACCAUUAUAUCAUGACCGGUCUCUCGAUGCGGCGUGCUUUUCAUACUUGAAGACCAACCUCGUCCCCGCUCCUCGCGGAUGAGGACCGUUCCUUGAUUCUUUCAGGUCGGCCUCUCAUUGACGAUGCCAUUAUAUCACGACCAGGCUCUCGGCACGACGUGUUUUCCACUUUUCCUUGUUUAAGAUUGGCCUCGUCCCCGCUCCUCGUAGAUGAGAGCCGUUGCUCGUUUCUUUCCAAUCAGCCCCCAGUGUCGACAUCUUUACAUGGCCACCGAACCCCUUGUACAGUGCCAUUAUCAUGUUUGAAGACCGGGCUCCUCGCGGAUGAGGGUCGAUGCUUGUUUCUUUCUGAUCGGAUCUUUACCCCCAGUGCUGGCAUCUUUAUAUGACUACUGACCUCGUGGACUGAUUGCUCAGUGCUUAAAGAAGAACGGGGGAAGAAGGGAGUAACGGAGCAGGGAGUACGAUGAAAGAAGGGGAAAUAAUUGAAGAACCUACGGUAUGCGGGUAAAUGGCUCGGUAAAAGAAAGCUUUUAAAUAGCGUGUACACGGGCGUGUAAAAGUGUAAAACGCCGUGUACACAAGACAUUUUUCAUGUAGUAUUGUGAGUAAUGAGUAAAGUUUUGUAAAUCAUUGAAGCAUGUUGAGGCACCGAGUGAUUUAAUAUACUGCUUGUACAACAAUGUAAUAUACAAUGUCAUAAUAUACAAUGUCAUUGUUUGC